UUCAUUGUCUUAGAGACGCUCUGUAAAAGCGCCCGAGAAUUAAGUUGACGUAGUUCUACGGUUUUCAGAUGAAAUAUGGCAGAGGCAGCAUUUUACAGUACAAAUACGAUAAAUCAGACAGCUCUUCUAAAUGGGUAUAUGGAGUGCGCAGAAACUCUGAUAGAAAAGUGUAAAGAACUGAGUGAUGUAACAGGGGCUAGUAAACUGGAACGUAAAUGUGCUGCUGAACUGAAGUAUCUCAAAUCAUUGGCCAGACGAAGAGGGGGAUUCGACAUUACUAACCUUCGCAGUAGUAAUUUAAGCCAUUACGCUGGCGUUCUUCAUUCUGCCGACAAUCUUCAGGACGUCACUCAUAUACUCCAGGCGUUCAGCUGCCCUGGACGGACGGAAGCGUUACAUAUGGAUGUGGUUGCAGGUCAAGGUCAUAUCUGGGUCAAAGUGGUUGCUAGGAAAGCGCAAGCUCUGCAUCUUAUAUGGAGAGGCCAAGGACAGUAUGGUGAGAAGGAUAUUACUAUUCAAGCCAAGGACUUUGUUGCUUGCUCAAAGGUCCACCCAGUGAAUUUCCAGGACCCUAAAAUCGUGUUCGCCUUUUAUAAUGGUGUCACGGCGGCUAUAGCACGGGAAUUAGAGAAGUCGGGCGUCAUUGUCCUCGGUGAGAUAGUACCUGUUGACGAUGACGUCGAAAGAAAAUUGAUGAAUCUAGAUGAUGAAUCGGAAAGUGAUGAAUCGGAUAGUGAUUAUGACACUUCUGAUGACGAUAAUGAUGUCAUAAAUGAUGUCAUUUUAUCAUGUAAAUGCAGUGAAAAUAAUAUAGCUUUUAGAAAGUUGCAACAGAAUUGUUUAAAGUGCGGAAAGCCGUAUGAAAGUGGAUUUACUCCGGAUAUUUCUAGUUCUGAUGGGAUAAACAGCUCAAGUUGUACUAUUGACCAAACUAUAGAAAACAAAAACAAGUGCCACAAUAGUGUCGAGAAUUCUGUGAUAUCUCAGAAUACAGACGAUUUUAUAUCGGGCAGUUCAUUUUCUGAAGAGGAACAAAUUAGUGAAAUUGUAUCGAGUAAUCAAUCUGAGGCCCUCUUGACAGAUUCAUCUUCCAAAAACAAACGCGAAAAACAUCCAAUUGACAGCGAUGUUAAUCAAGCGUCCAACAAACAUGAUUGUUCUACAUUAAAUUCCAUUGAUUCUCGCAUUUCCCAGAUUGCUUUGCAAGAUAAGAUUAGACUAGAAAUGAACACUGCUUCAGAUGGCCGGUCACUUGAAAGUAAUCAUAUGACUUUCCAGACAGACAAUAUGCCUGCAAUUCCGAACUGUCCAGAAAAGAAAUGUAAUGACGAAAUUGAUACGGGAAAAAACUUGAUCAGCAAAAAUUAUUUUAAUCUUGAUAAAUGGAAAAAUACGUCUGUGCUCUCAUUCGUCCAGAGUGAAUUAUUACUAAACCCAGUCGUAGACUUUCAUUCAAUACGGCACAUGCUAGCAGAUAACGAAUUAACCUCCAUUGACAAAAUUGGGCGAAUCAAUUUGGACAUUACGGCAUUGAUAACCUUAGUGUCAGCGGUGGCUCACGGGGGCUGUUAUUUUAGAUUUAAGGAGAAGAUUUUGUCUGAACAAGCUGCAGAGGAGAGAGAGGAUCCAGUGCUGCCAAAAUUAAAUGCAUUUAUUGAAGGGAAAGAAUUGUUUGCCUGUCAGACUGCAGUUGAUAGUUUCCAGACUAUACUCGAUACACUUGGUGGUCAAAACGAGAAAAAGAGAGCAUCAGAACUUUUGUCCAGGCUUACAGUUGUUCCCGAUAAUCCAUCUUUUAGAGCAACAACAAUUCCAAAUACUGGGAAAAUAAAAGAUAGAUCAAAAAUAAUAUUUGGUACUGGAGAUAGUCUAAGAGCUGUAACAGUCACAGCAAAUUCCGGCUUUACACGAGCUGCUGCUCAUCAGGGUGUAACAUUUGCUGCUUUUCUUCACGCAUCAAGAGCACUUACAGAACAAAAGGAGAAAACUGCUGAAGUAAUCAAAAGGGAUUCCUGAAAUUAUAUUCUUAUCCUGCUAUAUAUCUAAAAUGGACUGCUCCAUCUUUCAAUAUGGACAAGACCAUUUAUGAUUUCUAGGGGAACUUUUAAAAUAAGUAAUGACUGAAUAGUGAACUGCAGCAGUCUGAUCAUGAUAUGCAUUGGCUGCAUGUAUUGGAUAGAUUCAGGUGCCACAAGCAGUACUGAGGUUCAAAAGUAUGAAUUUCUUACAUAGAUCAACUGGGGUUUUUAAAUCAGAGAGAUAUGCAAGAUACUGAAGAGAUAUACUCGGAAUAGAUUGAAAAUCAUACUUAUAUGCUAUUUUAGCUUGUUUGAGUGAAAAGCGCUAAAUUUUGGAUCAUUUGUUUACAGUUAGAAUAAUCAUUUGGAAAAAUGGAGUUAGCAAAUGAACUGAAAUUUUGCACACAGGUUAUUAGUCCAAUGGAACACUAAUCUAGAAAAAAUAUUUUUCAGUCCUGUCG